GCCACUACCCCACAACAUCAGCUCCCACCUGGACAAGGCCUCCAUCAUGAGGCUGGCCAUCAGCUUCCUGCGCACACGCAAGCUCGUCUCCACAGGCUGCUGCGGCGCUGACACUGAGGAGGACAGACAGAUGGACGGCCUGUACCUGAAGUCUCUCGAGGGCUUCGUUACCGUGGUGACGUCCGACGGCGACAUGAUAUUCCUGUCGGAGAACAUCAACAAAUUCAUGGGGCUCACACAGGUGGAGUUAACUGGUCACAGCAUUUUUGACUUCACGCAUCCAUGUGACCACGAGGAGAUCAGAGAGAACCUCAGUCUGAAGGCAGCAGGCAGCGGCUUCGGUAAAAAGGGCAAAGAGCUGAGCACGGAGCGAGAUUUCUUCAUGAGGAUGAAGUGCACGGUGACCAACAGAGGACGCACUGUCAACCUCAAGUCAGCCAGCUGGAAGGUGCUGCACUGCACCGGACACCUGAAGCUGUACAGCAGCUGUGCUCCCAGAGUCCUCUGCGGCGCCCAGGAGCCGCCGCUCGCCUGCGCCGUCCUCAUGUGCCAGCCCGUCCCGCACCCGUCCAACAUGGACGCGCCGCUGGACAGCAGGACCUUCCUGAGCCGCCACAGCAUGGACAUGAAGUUCACCUACUGCGACGAGAGGGUAACGGAGUUGAUGGGUUACACUCCUGAGGACCUGCUGGGACGCUCCGUGUACGACCUCUACCACGCGCUGGACUCAGACAGCGUCACCAAGAGCCACCACAACCUGUGCUCCAAGGGUCAGGCCGUGACUGGUCAGUACCGGAUGCUGGCUAAGACCGGAGGCUACGUCUGGGUGGAAACCCAGGGAACCGUCAUUUACAACAGCCGGAACUCCCAGCCCCAGUGCAUCGUGUGCAUCAACUACGUCCUCAGUGACAUUGAGGAGAAGUCAAGGAUCUUCUCCUUGGAGCAGACGGAGUCACUGUUCAAGCCGCAUCACAUGAACAGCUUCUUCACAGGUUUGACCGCAGAGUCCGGAGACGCCCUCUUCACCAAACUCAAGGAGGAACCGGAGGACCUGGCCCAGCUGGCGCCGACGCCUGGGGACACCAUCAUUUCCCUCGACUUCGGUCGCCCCGAGUUCGAUGAGCCCCAGCAGCCGGCAGGAUACGCCCAGGUGUCAGCCGAGGCCAUGCUCCCUCCAGCGCCUCCGUCCUGGGCCGGCGACAAGCACCAAGCCGCCCCCCCAGCGGGUCAGACCCCGGCUCCGGCGCCGGUGGACAUGGCCGGCAUCGCCAGCCCAUUCACCGUGCAGCAGAGUCUGCCCCCAGACAGCGCCACCCCGAGCCUCAGCAGCUGCUCCACGCCCAGCAGCCCAGGUGACUACUACAGCUCUGUGGAGUCCGACCUGAAGGUGGAGCUCACGGAGAAGCUGUUUGCUCUGGACACCGAGGGCGGCGGCGGCUCUGCAGACACAGAGAGUGACAUGGACCUGGAGACGCUGGCUCCAUAUAUUCCCAUGGACGGAGAAGACUUCCAGCUGAAUCCCAUCAUGCCAGAGUCGGAGCCUAUCGAGGCGUCUUCAGCCGGACCCCUGGGGAGCAGCGGCAGCCUGGCCCAAACCCACCGGGCCACCCCACAGAGCUUCAGCAACAUUGCCAGCCUCUUCCAGCCCCUGUCGCCGCCACCCUCACCCUCAGGCCACUACCCGCCCCAGCAGCCGGCGUCCUGGUCGUCAGGGGAGAAGAGGAGCUCCGGCCAGAGGAACAUGGACCGUCGAACGGAGGCCUACAUGAUGGGACGCAUGCAGAAUCCACCGUACCAGGCGCCUGCCAGCACCCCUCUGUCCUCCAUGGGGGGCAGGCAAAACCUGCAGUGGCCUCCAGACCCUCUGUUAACAUACCAGCAACACGCACGAGCCAGCAAGGCCUAUGGGAUAGACGCUUUGUCUGGGGACGAUCGUCCGUCCUGCCAGCAGGGCCUGACGCACCUCAUGCAGAAACAGAGGUCCACUGACCGCUUCGUACAAGCCUACAGAGACAUGAGUCCAAGCAGACUGGCCGUGAGCAACAGCAUCAAGCGCUCCUUCAACCAGAUGGUGGCCGAAUGCAAGCCACCAGAAGUCCUGUGGAAGAAGAUGAGAAGGGACGGCUGUGGCAUCAUGGACCGCUCCCUCAGCGCAGGAUCCCUGGCAGACUUGGGGAUGGGCAGGAUGGCACCGGGCAACGUGUCUUCGUGUCUCAGCUCUCUGCAACAACACAGGAAGUCUCAGCAUCCAGGAAAUGGGAUCGUUGGUGCAAAGAAAAUGUUUCCCCAAAAGAGCUGUUGCUUCAGAGAGUAUAACCCGCUGCCUUCCAGCAAGUCUGAAGGUAUAGCCAGCCGUUUGCUGGGCCCUUCCUUCGAGACCUGCUGUCUGCCGGAGUUGACCCGUUACGACUGCGAGGUGAACGUUCCACUGCAGGGAAACCUGCACCUGCUCCAGGGCUGUGACCUGCUGAGAGCCCUGGACCAGGCCACCUAGAGCCCGCCUUCCACCCCAGCCGCAGACCAAGACUCAACCUCUGUACCUUCCUUCCUCUGGGCUUCGUAGGUGCCCGGAGGCUAAGCUACCUAUAGGAACUGGUAUUCAUGUAACCACAUCCUGCCUUAGCCUUAUUUAGCUCAUUAGGUCGGGCCCACGUGCUGUUCCCUGUCCUUUGUAGAGUUCUGUACCUAGACAAUCUAUUCACGUGAAGAUAUCAGGGUCAACCACUCACACCUGUACCCCCAGCUUCUAAGCUGACAGUGUAGAACAGUUGCUGUGCAAUGACACAAACAACAACACGAUUCUGAAAAGAUGGACCGAUCUGAAGGUCUGGACGGCGAGGUAUCGCUGGUGAUCAGGUUCGGAUGGACAGGCUCACGUGAAGCCAUGAGAGGACCAGCGCUAAGCCCCCACACUGCAACCCCACACCCACAACUAGCAGCUGUGUCAGACUUGGCACAGUGGGAUUCGAUGACCAAGGCUCCUAACGGGCCUAGAACCAGACCCAGUCUCCUUCACUGUUCUUUUACUCCAAGCAGCCCAUUUAUGUAGAUCCUGUCCAUCAAGCAACAAUGGGUAUCAUGACCUGGUUCUGAAUUGCUGCCAUUUUUGAACCCAAUAGGAGCCGAGGACUCGUAGGUUCUGCUAAACCUUCCAAAGAUGACUUUAAAUCACUGCAGUGCAAUAUCUGGACUCCAGCACUUUAAUUAGCUGCCCCACAUGAAUUCAACCAGGGGAGACGCUCCCGUUAGCUGCUAUAAAGCCAACUGUUCCCAGCUUUUGCUUUGCUUCAGAACUUUGAGAGAGCUUUUUCCUUUUUUUAGAUUUUUCAGAAUUUCAAAGGCCAGAAGGGAUUAAAUUAAUAAUCCACAUGAAACCAGAAUACAGAAAUGUCUGUAUGAAUAAUUAUAACGAUCUAGUUAGAAUAAUAUGAAAUUUAGUUUAUGUAACGUAAUGUUAUGUUACGUAUCUUCCAUGUGACAGAAUAGAAAGUAUUACGUUGACUUAUAACAUCAAGUGGAUCAGAUCCAACACCUACAGCUCCACGGUUUUCAUAGUUUGGUUUCAUUUGAGACUUCGAAUCAGAACGAUGAUACCCAUUUCUGCCUGUUCUGACUCCACUCUAUCCUAAAUUCUGGAGGAUUUGGAGUCAAUCAAACUGCUUUCUAAGUGAGCAUUAGAUCGAUUUGGGUCCAUUUUACUUUGUGCUUUAUAUUAUGUUGAAUAUAAUCUAUAAUUCACUUGUUGAACUGAAAUAAUAGCUUUUACCAGAUAUCCCCAUGUUGUUGAGUCCAGAUCCAGGGGACACGAUGCUGUUUGCUUCCUCACGCUACCAGAGAAACACUGGACACUGCUACAUGUUGCUCUACUCUGUUUCCCCUCUUCCUCUUUUCUGUCAUAUCAGCUCCUUUCACUAUUGUUUCUUAUUGUGCAUCAUUAAGCUAAAGUUUCUACAGCCUCGGUCACUGAACUAACCGCUGACGGAACAGUAACAGAGGCCAGUGAGCUCUCACUGAAGCGGAGCCUGGCUCCUGGAUGCAGGUUGGACGCUCACCUCGCUGCAGUGAGGGUUUGAAGCACUUCCGCUUGGCUUCAGUCCAACGUGGAUCUCACUGAGGUUUCACCGCCAUGCAGCUGAUAGAGAGAAGUGAAGCGUGAAUGGUUCCACUGUUCUGCCUCUCGUGUACACCUCCAGGCAGUUUAUUGGUUUCUGUGCACAGUCAGCGUUUGUCCUUCAAAUGUGAGAAACUGGGAACAAGUGUGAUUUUCCCACAUCACAUUCAAACUGUUUUGACUAAACAUGAAAUCUGAAAUCCAAAGACAAACACUUUGUCACAUGCUUGAAUGAAUGUUUGCGACAAAUAGCAGCUGAUUAAUAUUCACUACAUGAAGGGGGGGGGGGGAUCAUGAAGCAACACUUGACACACCAGCUGUUAGUCAGUAGGAACCAAUGUCUGCCUGGAACGGCACACGUUGCCUUGACCAUCACAGAGCCGACUGAAAUGCAGAGCAUGUGGAUUUGGACUUUAAAUGGAACUGGGCCGUUCAGACGUGCGAAGGAGGGCGGUUGCGGGAUGUGGGGACGCCCCAGAGAACCGUCGGAGCCACUGACGAAGCCUUCAGACAGAAUUCGAGUGGGACCAAACUGAACCCAAACGUGAGAUCAGCCGUUGUUACUCUCACUCCGUCCUUGUCGUCUUUGUGUGGUGACCACUUCCUGUAUGAGUUGAGAGCUUUGUACAUGUUACGUAUUUAAAGCGACUGUGUUUGUGUCCCGGUACUUUGUCCUCGCUUCCCUGUAGUGGAUCAGAACCGGCUCAGUGCCGUUUUGCUGUCGUGGCUGUUUUGUUUUAUUCUAACGUAUCUAUGGACUCUGUUGCUGGCCAGUACUGUUUGUUUCUGCUUUAAGAAAAAACAACUAAAAAGGUUGAGAUUCAAGAGAAAUGCCACUUUGUAGCAUUUUAAAUAAUGUAAAGAAGGCGACGCUGCCACAUGAGCCUGGGUUUCCAGUUGCAUGUGUAAAGCGGUGCUUCAGGACUUUUAUCAAGCCCUCGGCUCGGAUCCACUAACGGUUUCUGAUGUUCUCUGCUUGGCUUCCUAUUAAUCUGCUGUAUUGUGCCUUAACGUGACACAAACCUCAUUCACCCUUCAAGUGCACAGUUUGUUGACUGCAUCAGAACCAACGUGGCGUUUCCUUCAGUGUUCGGCAUGUUUUGGUCUCAAUCGAUGAGGAUCACUGCGUUUUUGGAACAGAUUUGAGGAUUCAGUGAAACUGGAUGCUGUAGUAUUACCCGUGGUAACGUAUGUGCGAUGAGUUGGCCAACAGGAAGUCGAUUUUGGAAUCCAGGCCGGCACAGAGGAGAAGCCCAGGAGCCAACGUCCCAACGACAGGCUUUCAGGAGGAGCUAAAAGGAGGAAAUGUGGAUUUCUGUACAGCUGAAUUAUUAAAACAAAAUCUAAAUGUUUUAAAAAAGCACCAGAACUAAACACUGGAGACAGAUGCCAAAGGUGGGUUCAUCUCAACAAACUGUGCUGCUCGAAGGCUUCACCCUAAACUCAAGUGAGCAGUCGUUCCAGGACUUUCACGCUUUUAUUGCACAUUUGUUCUUUUAAGACAAAUCUGUCAUUUGUCUUGUGUAACAGGGUUUUUUGCUACGGGAUCCAGGCUCAGCUACUGUGUUCUGUUUGUCAGUGUCAUACACGUAUAUUAGCUACAUUUCUAUCAUGCUACAAUACAUAUUGAUCUUAUAUUGUUAUCAUUGUUAUUACAACUAUACGGAGGAAUUAACCUGAUGAGACGUUUGUGUUUCUCCACUGAUUAUUAUUAAAGCAUAUUGAUCUUA